UUACCAAAAAUGAAACCCUCCGGCAGCUUGCAGCUGCAGGCUCGCACUUCUCAGCGUCCUUGACGAUUCGGUUAUUCCAAGGUUUUCGUCCUCGCUUAAGUUAUUCCCCACCUCUUUCUCUCUCUACCUCUUUUCCUCGCUUUGCUAUUACGGAUCAUUAGAUCUUACCGAUUCGAGCCAGAAGAAGCUCUUUCAGUUUGCUCUGAAUGUAUUAAUCUUCGUACCAACUGCAAUUCGAGAUAGCUUUCUGGAAAUGGCUGAUAGCAAUAUAUCUUCUGAAUUACCUGAAGAGACUCAAAACCCCAACCCAGAUGGGAAUGCACCAUCUGAAAGUGAUCUUGCGCUGGAAACUAUAACACAAAAAGUUCAGGAGUCUCUCUCUCUUGAAAAAAGACAUAAAUUUUGGGAAACCCAACCUGUUGGGCAGUUCAAGGAUAUAGGUGACACUAGUUUGCCAGAAGGUCCAAUUGAACCUCCAACCCCCUUAUCUGAGGUCAAGCAAGAGCCAUACAACCUUCCUAAUCUCUAUGAAUGGGUUACUUGUGACAUCAACUCUGAGGAGACUUGCCAAGAGGUUUAUAACCUUCUUUCUAACAAUUAUGUUGAGGAUGAUGAGAACAUGUUCAGAUUUAACUACUCAAAGGAAUUUCUACGCUGGGCUUUGCAACCUCCUGGUUUUUUCAGGAGUUGGCACAUUGGAGUCCGUGUCAAAAGUUCCAAGAAGUUGGUUGCAUUUAUUACGGGUGUGCCAGCUAGAAUCCGGGUUCGUGAUGAAGUUGUUAACAUGGCAGAGAUAAAUUUCCUGUGCGUUCAUAAAAAGCUUAGAUCAAAGAGGCUUGCUCCUGUCAUGAUCAAGGAGGUGACCAGGAGGGUGCAUUUGGAGAAUAUCUGGCAGGCAGCCUAUACUGCUGGAGUGAUUCUUCCUACACCAAUAGCAACUUGCCAAUACUGGCACAGAUCUCUGAAUCCUAAGAAGCUAAUUGAUGUUGGCUUCUCUCGGCUUGGUGCACGGAUGACAAUGAGUCGAACAAUUAAGCUUUACAAGUUACCAGAAUCAACGGUCACCCCAGGAUUCAGAAAGAUGGAGAUCCAUGAUGUUCCUGCAGUUACAAGGCUUCUUAGGAAAUAUUUAAGUGAUUUUGUUGUUGCCCCUGAUUUUGAUGAAAACGAUGUUGAGCAUUGGCUUCUUCCAAAGGAGAAUGUUGUUGAUAGUUUUCUGGUUGAAAGUCCUGAGACUCAUGAGAUCACUGACUUUUGCAGUUUUUACACACUUCCUUCUACAAUCCUUGGAAACCAAAAUUAUUCAACCCUGAAAGCAGCUUAUUCCUAUUACAAUGUUUCGACAAAGACCCCGUUGCUUCAGCUGAUGAAUGACGCUCUCAUUGUGGCCAAAAGACAGGACUAUGAUGUUUUCAAUGCAUUGGAUGUCAUGCAAAAUGAAUCAUUCUUGAAGGAACUGAAGUUUGGACCAGGGGAUGGGAAACUUCACUAUUAUCUUUACAACUACCGUGUAAGGCGUUCACUGAAGCCCUCUGAGCUUGGUCUUGUGCUCUUAUAGUUUAAACUUAGGAAUUUGAGUAUGCAAUGGAUUAGAAAGUGGAUUUUGGCUUUGGUGAUGAACCUUGUAUGGUUUUAGACCUUAAAUUUUACUUUUCCUUGAAAACAAAUGAAUUUAGCAGAUUCCUUGAUGGCAAUUCUGAGGUGUCAUUGAUGUUUCAUUUGGCAGAACUAAAGGAACUACAAUUCUUGUAUCAAUUCUUUUGGUCAUGCUGAUUGCUAUGUCAUUUUUAUGUUAUAA